AUGAGAAUACCCCCUAAUCUUCUCCCAGGAAGAUCAAAUCCUCGCCCUAUUUUCGUUAUGCUCUUGGCCAUCAAUUCUUCACAUUCCUGUAUGUUGUAUGAAAGAUUGAAAGUUAUUGGUGGUGAGAUAGGGAUGCUUCUUGAACAAAAUCACAAGUCUUUGGAUCAAAUUUCUGCAAAUUUAUCUGCUUUGAAGCACUUGUUUAUCAACACUUUCACCUUCGACAGCAAGGAGGAUUCACCAACUCUUGUUAUGGUUCAUGGAUAUGCAGCUGCUCAGGGCUUCUUCUUCAUAAAUUUUGAUGCUCUCACAAAACAUUUUAGGGUGAUUGCAAUGGAUCAACUUGGUUGGGGAGGAUCAAGCUGACCUGACUUCACUUGCAAAAGUACCCAAGGACAUGAGUAUGGGCAUAUCAUGGAACAUUUUAGGGCAGUUGUUGGUCUUCCUCUUGGUGAUCCAUCAAUGAAGUGGCCAACUUGCAUCAUGUAAUAACAUUUUAGGCGAAGAUGUAGGCA